GUGAACAAUGUCGACCCAAGCACCCGUGCGGAGACGGCCACCUUGGUCUACUCGGAGAAGCCAACUUCACCAGUCGACUUGCUCAAGAGCGCCACCUCCUACCCGACCAACCCAAGCAGCUACUUCAGUUCAGAUACCUACACCGACAAUGUGGAUCCAACCAGCACUCCUAAAGACCCACCUCCCGAAUACCCUGGUGAGACCAUCACCUCCAGCCCCUCAGAUCAGGAAGGAGUGCGCCGCCCUGCAGCGAAACGCGGGAAGAGACGACGGAAAAACCCUGAACUGGAUGAAUCCCAGUAUGAAACCGACUAUACAACUGGAAUGGAUACCGGGGAUGAGCUUAACCAGGAAGACUGGUACAGCCUCUAUCCCCCGCUAAGGUCUGAUGUGAAGAGGCAGGAGUACAAGCGCGAGUUCGACUCGGACCUCAAGGAGUACAAGAAGAUGUGUGCUGAGAUGGAUGACAUCAAUGACCAGAUCAACCAGUUAAGCAAGCAGCUCGACCUUCUUCAAGAUGGUACCAUCCAGUACCAGGGAGUGGCGGAGGAGUACAACCGCCUGAAGGAUCUCAAACGGGUGAGUUCUUUAUAACCAACUUUGGGUUUUAGGAGUGUCUGAAAUAUGUCCCCUUAGAAUUGCCAUCUAAAUGGGUGAGUGCUGUCACUCUGUGCUAAAACGAAGUUCCCCAUUCUCUUGAAGAAAUGCAGAGCCCUCCACCGAUUGAAAUGAGUCAAACAGGUCAGUAGGUGUCUCCUGGUGUUUAGGGCCACACGU